GGAAAAAAAUCUCAACGCCCGCAAUCUAUUUGAUGAGAUAAACCCGCGAUAUAAACCCCGCUGGGAUGGUGGGGUGAGUGGCCCUUAAAUGCGGGUUGUAUGUCUUCCAUAUGCCCCCCCAUGAACGACCCCAUGGAUGGGGGGAAAUGGAGAUGCCCUUGGCGAGUGUAUAGAGAAGUAUUUAUUAUUCAGAGAUUCCUUUCUGUUUUUCCUCUUUCUUUUCCCCUUCUUCUGUUUCCUCAUACCACUCUUCAUAUCGUCCUUCUCGGUCUUUUAACACGCUUCUCCAUUUGAACCCCUCCCCCAAAUAUAUACCCCGCCAAAACUCAUCUCCACGCAUUAUACGAAAAUGGGAUACCCAGAAACUUUCACCGGAUUCCAAAUUGAAGAUCCGGCGAAAUGGACCGAGUUUCACAAGAAUGAAUACACACCUAAGCCAUUCGGCGACUUCGAUGUCGAUAUCAAAAUUCUGGCGUGUGGUGUUUGCGCCAGUGAUUUGCAUACUGUUAGUGGAGGGUGGGGUGAACAAAAGUUUCCGCUUUGUGUGGGGCACGAAAUCGUAGGUGAAGCCCUCCGUGUUGGCCCAAAAGUAACCCUCAUCAAACCUGGCCAACGUGUCGGUGUCGGCGCCCAAUCAUACUCUUGUCUCCAAUGUCGUCAAUGCAAGAAUGACAACGAAACAUACUGUCGCCAUCAGCUCGAUACUUAUGGAGCCGUCUGGCCAGAAACUGGAAUCGUUUCCCAAGGUGGUUAUGCUAGUCACGUUAGAACUCAUGAGCAUUGGGUCUUCCCCAUCCCAGAUGGAUUAAAGAGUGAAGAGGCAGCUCCUAUGUUGUGUGCUGGCUUGACAGCGUAUAGUCCUUUGGUCAGAAAUGGCUGUGGGCCAGGGAAGAAAGUGGGUAUUGUGGGGUUGGGUGGAAUUGGACAUUUUGGAGUUAUGUUUGCUAAAGCUUUGGGAGCCGAGACCUGGGCUAUUUCGAGAACCCAUGCUAAAGAAGCCGAUGCCAAGAAACUCGGCGCCGACGGCUUCCUCGCCACUGCCGACAAGGAUUGGAACAAAGAGCACAUCAUGACCUUUGAUUUGAUCGUCAACACUGCCUCCUCAUCUUCUGGCUUCAAUUUCUCCGAAUACCUCGAGCUUCUCGACGUUCACGGACACUGGGUAUCGGUCGGAUUACCCGAAGGCGAGGGCCAAACCAUCGAUAACUUUGAGCUCUUGAAGAACGGUGUACUCAUCGGAGGAAGUCAUUUGGGUAGCAGGAAAGAAGUUCUCGCCAUGUUGGAUUUGGCAGUUGAGAAGGGAAUCAAGAGUUGGGUGGAGACGAUUGAGAUUAAUGAGGAGGGAUUGAAGACAGCGUUGACGAGGUUGCAUAACAAUGAUGUUAGGUAUAGGUUUACAAUGGUCGGGUAUGAGAAGUGCUUUGGUGCUUAGAGUGAAUUGGUGGGGUUUAUGUAGGCGAAAUAUUAAGCUUUGCAUUUGUGCCA